CACAUACACACAAGGAAGUAUGAGAACUUGAUAAUGGAAGUAUAAUGCUCAACAGAUACACUUUUCAGAUAUGAAAUCAAUCUACGUGAUAACAUUGUUUAUAGCAGCACUUCCAGGACUUUGUUGGUCCAUGCAAGGAAUUACAUGGUUUAAAGCACAAGCAGAAUGCAAAAACAAGAAUCAAGCACUUACGCUUUGUACAAAUAAAUCGUCGACUUUUUACUGGACAGGAGUUUACAACCGGACAUCUCAUUGGAUCAAACUUCUAGGUUGUUACAAUGCAUCAUCAGUGCAAUUGGAGAACGAAAUUAUAUUUUCUAUAUCAUCACCUCCACUCUGCCAAGAAUAUUGCCUUCAGAAAAAUAUCCUUGAGUUUGCCGUUAAGGGAAAUUCUUGCAUAUGCCUACCUAACGGCUUUGAUGACUUAAAAAAUCGACUACCUCCAUCAAAGUGCACGUAUAUGUGUGACAAAGCUUUAUUGAUGUAUUCAGAAUGUGGAGGAGAAUCCGCAUUUAAUAUAUUUUCUACAGAAACAAGUAUUCUGGAUAUUAAAAGUCGUUGUCUAUCUUUACAAUGUGGUACGGAUUCAAAACUUGUGGACACUGACUGUCGGUUACAUCUGCCAGUUAUAUGCAGCGACCGUAAAAUAACUUCAUCUCACUUCAAUGGAAGUUCUCCUACGACAGAUAAUAAUCUAAAAUGGAGAGAUGGAAUGAAUCGCUGUAAAUCAAGUGGAGUUUACCUCAUCGGAAAAAUAAAUUUAACAAACAUAGUAUCAGCAUGUCAAACCUAUACACAUACUCCACGUUGGAUUGGGGUUGUCAAGGAAAAUUAUACAUCAUACGAUCAAGGUAUUGAUAUAAAAGAAUCUAAACAAAUGAUCAGUUCCUGUCAGCAAUGUAAAAUGAUGACGAAUGGUAUUGAUCAUGAGUGCAAGUACGUUAAGUGCACGGACAAAUUAAAGUCUGACGUGUACUGUUCAGAGGUAACACAUGCAAGUACCCCGCUUUCAGACAUUACAAUAGAAACUACCGUCAUGCUAAAGAAGACAGCUACAACUAAUUUUUAUUCACCAAAGAGUACAGACGGCCCUGCAACACUCUAUAAAACUUCAAGCAGUUACCAGCAAGUCCAAACGGGCCAUGAUCUGAUAGAGUUAUCUCGCUCUCCAAAAGAUGGGUCAACAGUUGGAACAGUCAUUCCUGUGGUGGUUGUAAUACUUGUCCUAGGUUGUUGCGCUGUUGCAGUGGUUUUUUACCAUAGACGACUGAAACAUAAACAGGAAAAGGACAAGAAAGUCAAAAGUGUUCUAACCAUGGAAAAUGAAAAUUAUACUCAUACAGAAAGUCACGACGUCCACAGAAACUCUAUUCUACAGCAAUCGAAUCCUACAUACCAGUUAGCUAAUGACGCUAUACUUGGAUCUGAGAGUCCUUAUAAGGAGGCAGAAGAUGGCACAUAUGAUCAUCUUGGAGACAAAAACACCAGAAAAAGACGUGUUGAGGGAAUAUAUAAUUGCGCGUCGUCUGCAAAGUUAUCGGACGUAUCUGAUUAUGAUAUUGCAAAUCAUAAACCUUUGAAUGAAGAAGACAAUGAUUAUGAUCAUGCAGGUGUUGGUAAAAACACGUAUGGCCAAAAUAAUUCAGCAUCUAUAAUAGAAUCAGAUUAUUCCGAUUUAUCCUAAACUUCUAUACUAAUAAAUAGAUGUUUAGUCAUAUCAUGCUUUCUUAAAGAAAACGUUUAUUAAUUUCUUAAAGCAAUCAGCUGAAUUUAUUUCAGAAUCGAAUUUAUUCUAACAAUCUUUUAAUCUUCAGCUAAGUUGAAUAAUUUACAAAGCUCCGGUUUUUUUCCAGAUGCCAACUAAGGGUUUUUGGCACACUCUGCAUUCAUCAUUAUUGGGAGCGGAGUGAUUCAAAAACCCUUAGCUAGUGAAGAUGAGUAUUUAUUAUCAUUUAUAAUUAUUAACACCUUAUGAAUUAUCAUUUUUUCCACAAUAGUCUUAUUUUAUUUUAUUUGUAUUUAAUGUACACGAUUCUUUACUUGUGCAUUUGAAUGAUUGAGGUCAGGUUGCAAGCAAGAUAUAAUAUUCAUUGUUAUGGAAACAAAGCUUGAGUCUAUCAUAUGUUUACCAAUAAUGUAAAGUAAGGAAAUUAGAUUGAUUCAAUAUGUUCAUAUAUAAUAUUAUCAACAAAAGAAAGAGCAAUUGGAAUGAAACUUAUACCAAAACAAUACAUAUGAAAACGAUAACAAGCCUUAACACUUUGUUUACAAAACAAAGUAUUUCAAACUUUCAAGUUCUGAGGAUGCAUCAAUAAAAAAUACCCAUAGAAAUCAUUUUAGACAUUAUUAAUGGAAAAAUAAAUUGAAAACUUUGAGCUAAUAUCAUUUAAACCGAAUAACAAUCAGUCAGAAGAUCAUGAACUGGUCGUUGUUAGAUCCUCAAAUUCGUCACACUGUUAUACCUUAGUAAUAUACAUUGUUUUCAUAUGACAUUUUGAAUAUUAAACUCAUAUCAUUAUUAACUUACAUAAUCAUUUUAAAGUGCAAUCUUUUCACUUCAUUUUUCAUACAAAUUUCAUAUAUAAUGUAACUUCCUUAUUUUACACGAAUACUGCUUGUUUUUCACCAAAUCGCGAGAAUAUGAAAUCCCAAUCACGAAUAUUUUGUUACAUGUAUAAUAUAUAAGUAUACGUGAACUACAAAGGUGUAUGAAAAAUAAACGCGGAAAUUUAAAAUCAGUAAGUGUUGCUAGUCGCAAUUUUACGCGUAUAUUAAUUCCUCGUUUUUUAAGGAAUUUACAGUAAUACUCUGCCAUUUUGACUAGAAUGAUAUUUGUAUCUAUUUUAAUAUCGUUUGUUCAACAAUUGUUUAAAAUAUAUUAAUAUAUAAUUAUGUUUUAUUUCACUGUUUGAUUUAUGUAGAUAGUGUUUAGUAAUUGUUCAACUUAUUCUUUUCCCGUUCUUUUGAAAGUUUCCGUUUUUCCCGAUUUCGGCAAAUAUCACACGUCAGUCAGCAGAGGAUGUUCUAUCCUACAUGGCACCUGAUCCUUCCUACUAAGGGCAUAUGUGCUCUGCUCCUGUCCUGUACACUCUUUGUUAUCACCACAUGUCAUAUUCAUAUUUGGAUUUGUUAAUACGUGGGAUGAAAUAUAAUUAUUUCAUACUUUUGUAGUUAUUUUACUUUUUAUAAUUGAAAAUGAUCUUGUCUUUACAAAUUUUUCUCCACGUUUAAAUAAGAGGGCUAGUUAGUUGUGGCUAUAUUGAGACUAUAUUUGUUUUCUUAAUAGGAAUAUGCUCAAAUUUGAAAGCUAAGGUAUUUCGAUAUUUUUUCAUUAAUUAUUAUUUUAUGGCCAAAAAUAUAAUAAAUUUAAUAGUUAAUUUGUUGACCACCCAGCCUCUUUAAGCAUUAAUUUUUUUUUUUAAAUUGUUAGUUCUAUAACACACCGCUAAUUCAAACUGUGGUGCUUCAAACUUUAACUGCACCAUGAACAUGUAGGAAGGAUAUUCUUGUACAGUCUAACUGUAAUUGUUUUAGUGAGAAGAUUGUUAAACAAAAACUGUGCCAAAUAUAUUUCACGGAAGUAAUCAAUUUGUAGUAAGAAAUUUAAAAUCGCCAAUACAAUGUUCAAACAUAUUUUUUUCAACUUUCGUUUUUAUCUCACCUGAACUGAAGGUUCAAGUGAGAGUUCUUGGUUACAUGUUGUCUGCCUUCUAUUUGUAUGUGUGUUUGUCGUAAAUAUUUCACAUUUUAACAUCUUUUCCAGAGCGACCUCUUUAAAAAUCUUCGUAAGAACUAUAAUGCUGCAAUUUGUGAAAAUAUAAUGCAAAUAUUGUCAAAUAAUGUAGAUUUCAAAUUGUUUAAACUCCUACGCCAAUACUGUUGCUAAAAUAUAUUGUGAAAUGUUUAAACAUACCUACAAUAUAUGCUGCAAUGUGUGAGAUAAUUAGGCAAACAUCCUAAGAUAAUUAUACUGUAGAUUCUAAAUUAUCAAAAACGUCAACCACAGACUUAUACUGGGAUUCCAAGAUUGGUACACAGUUUGACAUAGAAGUAUAUACAAAACAUGUUUACAAAUCUCAAGAAAUACAAUUCUUCGUUCAGUUAUAAUACUGAUCUUGUACUUCCUCAUACAGUCAUUUAAUGCAUAUCUUUUACAAUUCAAUGCUAUGGUAUGCGAUUUUAAUGGUAUGCUAUGAGAUUUUAAUGCAAUGCUAUGAGAUUUGAAUGCUAUGCUAUGAGGAAUUGAAAUGGAGGACUUAGUGAUAUGAUAUGCUAUGCUAUGGUAUGCUAUUUUUAACAAAAACGCCUCCAUAAACUGAAGAGUUCCGCACAUUUGGAAGUUAAAUGAAAAAAAACCAAAGUUUACCACUAAUCUGCAAUGUGAGCAUUUAUUCUUCCAAAUAAAAACAUUUAAAACCGAGUUAAAA